CACCUGCCCCUGAGGGGUGGGUGUCAGAGAGGAUGCUUGUCCCCUCCUCCUGGUGGGCUGCACCGCGACCCUAAGGCCUGUGCUGGGUUUUCCAACUCUCACAUCCUAUAGCAGCCUCAGGACUUGGGACACUUCACCUCUCUAAACGUUAGCAACUGAAUCUUGGAAAUGAGGAAAAUCUACCACUUUGCUGAAAUUUGCUUUAAUGCGGAGCAGUCAGCUAUGAAUUUCUAAUAGAGAAUUAUCAUCUCAGGUAAAGGGUGGGAAUGUGUGUGCUCCCCAACUGAAUAGGAAAGGCCCAGUCCUGGCUGCUGAGUCUGCAAGUCAGAGCCCUCUUGGCUCCCUGGGUCCUGGCCCUGGGUCGCUGAUGGAGCCUUGUCCAGUUCCCACCUGUGUGCUCAUGAGACAGUGCUCUUGUCCUCCUGGAAAAAGAAAAGGAAGUACAAGUUUCUGGGUGUUUCAGGGCGAGGGGGAUGUGGAGAAAUGUCGUUGCCAUAUUUGCUGGUGUGCUAGGCCUCUGUCCUGUGUUGUAGCCUCACCAUGGAGCAGCUGAGCUCGGCCAACACCCGGUUCGCAGUGGACCUCUUCCGCACCCUGAAGGACAGCAACCCCUCUGGGAACAUCUUCAUCUCCCCCAUGAGCAUUUCCUCAGCGCUGGCCAUGGUCUUUCUGGGGGCCAGAGGCACUACCGAGGCACAGAUGUCCAAGACUCUUCACUUCGAUGCAGUUAAGGAGAUUCAUUCAAGGUUUCAGAGUCUGAAUGCUGAUAUCCACAAGCGUGGAGCUCCCUAUAUUCUGAAACUAGCUAAUAGGUUAUAUGGAGAGAAAACCUAUGAGUUCCUCCCNNNNUUCUUAGCUUCAACCCAGAAAAUGUAUGGUGCUGAACUGGCCAGUGUAGAUUUUCAGCGAGCCUCUGAAGAUGCAAGAAAGGUGAUAAACGAGUGGGUCAAAGGGCAGACUGAAGGGAAAAUUCCAGAAUUGUUGGCUGCAGGCGUGGUUGAUAAUAUGACCAAACUUGUGCUAGUUAAUGCCAUCUAUUUCAAAGGAAACUGGCAGGAGAAAUUCACUAAAGAGGCCACAAACAAUGCUCCUUUCAGAUUGAAUAAGAAAGACACAAAAACAGUGAAAAUGAUGUAUCAGACGAACACAUUUCCAUUUGGCUACAUCGAGGACCUUAAGUGCCGGGUGCUGGAGCUGACU